AUGGCUCCCCAUGCAGAGGUCGACUCGGGCUCCGCGCACGGAGAUGGACCCCCCCCCGACCGCAACGGCAACGGCGCCGCUAUCACUAACCAGCAGCACCACGAGCUCUUCACCGUCAAUUCCCCCAACGUCGUCUACACUGACACCGAGAUCCUGUCAAAGUACACCUACCGCACCACAAAGGUCACCAAGGACGCCGCCGGCAAGUACAUCGCCACGCCCACCGAGACCGUCUACGAGUUCAAGACGGACCGCAAGGUGCCCCGCGUCGGCAUGAUGCUUGUCGGCUGGGGCGGCAAUAACGGCACCACCGUCACCGCUGGCAUCCUCGCCAACCGCCGCGGCCUCGAGUGGGACACCCGCGAGGGCGCCCGGGCCGCCAACUACUACGGCUCCGUCAUCAUGGGGUCUACCGUCAAGCUGGGCACCGACGCCGACACGGCGAGGGACGUCAACAUCCCCUUCCAUGACCUGCUGCCCAUGGUCCACCCCAAUGACCUCGCCAUCGGCGGCUGGGACAUCAGCGGCAUGAACCUGGCUGCCGCCAUGGACCGCGCCCAGGUGCUCGAGCCCACGCUCAAGGCACAGGUCAGGAAGGAGAUGGCCGAGAUGGUGCCGCUGCCGAGCAUCUAUUACCCUGACUUCAUCGCCGCCAACCAGGAGGACAGGGCCGACAAUCUGAUCCCCGGAAGCAAGGCCUGCACGGCGCACGUCGAGCAGAUUCGCAAGGACAUUCGCGACUUCAAGGAGGCCAACGGCCUCGACAAGGUCAUUGUACAGUGGACCGCGAACACGGAGCGCUACGCCGACAUCAUCCCGGGCGUCAACGACACCGCUGACAACCUGCUCAGGGCCAUCGAGGCAGGCCACGAGGAGGUCUCGCCCUCGACCGUCUUCUCCGUCGCCUGCACCCUCGAGGGCGUCCCCUUCAUCAACGGGUCGCCGCAGAACACGUUUGUGCCGGGCGCCAUCGAGCUGGCCGAGAGGCACGGGUCCUUCAUUGGCGGCGACGACUUCAAGUCGGGCCAGACCAAGAUGAAGUCGGCGCUCGUCGAUUUCCUCAUCAAUGCGGGCAUCAAACUGACGUCCAUCGCGAGCUAUAACCACCUGGGCAACAACGACGGCAAGAACCUCAGCUCGCAGAAGCAGUUCCGAUCCAAGGAGAUCUCCAAGUCCAACGUGGUCGACGACAUGGUCGAGGCCAACUCGGUGCUGUACAAGGAGGGCGAGCACCCAGACCACACUGUCGUCAUCAAGUACAUGCCAGCCGUGGGCGACAACAAGCGCGCGCUCGACGAGUACUAUGCCGAGAUCUUCAUGGGCGGGCACCAGACCAUCUCCAUGUUCAACGUGUGCGAGGACUCGCUGCUGGCGUCGCCGCUCAUCAUCGACCUCGUGCUCGUCGCCGAGAUGAUGACGCGCAUCCAGUGGAAGGCGACGUCGACGGACGGCGCGGCGACCAAGGACUUCAAGGGCUUCCACAGCGUGCUGAGCAUCCUGAGCUACAUGCUCAAGGCGCCGUUGACGCCGCCCGGGACCCCGGUCGUCAACGCGCUGAGCAAGCAGCGCGCGGCGCUGACCAACAUCUUCCGCGCGUGCGUCGGUCUCGAGCCCGAGAGCGAGAUGACGCUCGAGCACAAGCUCUACUGA